AUGGCUAAACAGCCGCCUCGGUCCAAGAUAUUCCGAUUUGCCAAAUUCAAUCUCGAAGCGCUCAUCCUGCUUGCAGAGAAACUUCGAGGUCGACCAUGUACCUGCGAUGAGUCCAAGGUCCCCAAGAGCGGUAGCUUGAACUGGGUUAUAUUCCUCACGUUCGAUGAUGGGGUUGAAUGGGUGUUGCGAUCACCGCGCUACGAUACCAAUAUGUUCUCAGAUGAAACCGCCUCUAAGAUACUCGUUAGUGAAGCGAGUACUUUGAGGUACCUGGAACUCAUUGUCAAAAUUCCUGUUCCCAAAGUCUACUCAUAUAGCUUCAAGGCAGCUACGGAUAGAAGGGGUGAUUUCGUUGUUGUUGGUGACAAACUAGAGGGUAGCAAGAAUCGACUGGACUACUGCAUCGCAGGUCAGAUACUGGAGGAAAUGUUGCCACUAGUGGUGUCGAAUGAUUCGACUGGCUUCACCUUAUCACAUCCCGACCUUCACACUGGAAACAUAUUCGUCGAUGAUGACCUAAACAUCACAUGCAUUAUUGAUUGGGGCUCUGCAACAAUAGGUCCAAUCUCCCAAUUACUGGCGACUCCAGGGCUAGCAGGUCCUUCGAAGCAACCUUCACCAGCCCUCACAUCUGCCUAUCAGGCUGGCUUUUCUCGAGGUCCACUGAAAAUCAGCCGAGAUAUGUGGGAGAGAGGUGAGAUGAUAUGGUGUCUUUCUCGUUUAGUGCGUCUUCUGUCUGGUCAAGACCUUCUCUUGUUCCAAAGAUUGUACGAUCUUGUUUACAAGGCCAAGACCGAGGGCACACCGGACUCGGUAGACUAUGGUCGGCUGUUUUAUCAGCGGGCGAUGACCCAGGCUAAUAAGGAGCUUCUCUCUAGGUUGAGAGAAGAUGACUUGCCUGAUGAAGAUGUCAAGGAACGAGAGAAGGAAGUCUUCUCUAGUGACAAAUCUGACAGGCUGGCUGUGGCGAGGAAGUUGACGCUCAUGUCUGAGAUGAACCCUGGAUUUGUUGGAGAUAGGCGAUUGUGGCUCUGGAUUGAAGAGGUUUUGAAGGAUUCUGUGUAA